CAGCAAUAUGUCCUGCCUCCGUUUAUUAAGAAACAUCUUCACAGUUAUAUUUCGUUCAACUGUGCUGCCAGAUAUGUUGAAGAUGUCAGUUGAGCAUCUUUUCCAAAGUGUAACUGCAGAGAUCCCCAUGACACUGACAGGAAGAACGCUUUUUGGACUGUUUCUCUUCAUACCAGGUCUUCUGUCUGUGAACGUGGUGAAUUUCACCUGUGCAGAGUUGACUAUCUGUGCAUUACAGGGACAAACUGUGAAAGUAAGAUGCCUCCAUCCAACAAAUACCAAAAGUGAAUACCAACACCUCUACUGGUUUAAAAAAAAACAUGUGGAAAUGGAGGGACAAGACUGUACCUGAGGACCUCUCCACAGACCCAGAAUAUAAAGGUCGUUUGACGUUUGGUGGCAGAUUUUUCCUUGAAAUAAGAGAUAUUAGAAAGAGUGAUGAGGGUGUCUAUCGCUUUAGAUUUAAGGCAGAGUCCUCUGGAUGGAUAAAUAGUGCACCUGGAAUCAAGUUGAUUGUCACAAGUCUGCAGAUAAAGAAGGAUUCUGUGACAAAUGGACAGGGGGUGAAACUGACCUGUACCACUAACUGCACUCUGAGUGAUGACCCCACCUACAUCUGGUACAAGAACGCUAAAAUGGUUCUAUACACCAACAUCUUCAGCCUGUCCCUCAACUCAGUCAAUAGUAGGUAUACAGGCAGCUACUCCUGUGCUAUAAAGGGCUAUGAGGAUCUCCGUGCUCCUGCAGUGUGUCUACAAAGAAACUGUUUGGAUGUGAGUUACACCCCCAAGACAAUCUGUGGCUUCCCUGGGUCAUAUGUAGACCUACCUUGCACUUACACAUUCCCCAGAGGUCUCAAUAUCUCAGAGACACUUUGGGUGAAUAGUACAGAUCUCAGAAUGGAGCCUGAAGAUCUGACUCGUCACCCGGAGUAUGUGGGUCGUGUGGAAUAUCGUGGCAACGGUAGUGACUGCACCCUGAGAAUCACAGAUUUGAGAAAGAGCGACUCGUCCAAGUACAGGUUCCUGUUAAAAACGCAAGGGACAUACUUAAAUUCGCCAGCGGUCUCCCUGUCUGUCACAGACUUAUAUGUGCAUGUAUAUCCUGACGUCGUGGACCAGGGAGCCUCUGUGUCGAUCUGGUGUCAUACCCAGUGUGGUCUUCCGCAAGGCUUUGGGGGCUUCAUCUUGUACAAAGACGGACAACGCAUAACCAGCCCAAAUGGUGAAAAAGGUUACAUAACAAUCCACACAGUCAGCAGUGAGGAUGCAGGUAGCUACUCCUGUGCACUGAUUGGUCAGGAGGAGUUACCCUCCCUGGAAGCUACACUCACCGUCACUAAAGGACCAGUGUCUGUGUUAAUUUUUGUUCUGGUGGUGGUGGUUCUCCUGACUGUCGCAGCUCUUCUGGUCUUUACCUUUAGCACACUGAAAAGGAGAAACGUGGGAGGGCAUGAUAUUUUAAUGAACUUCCAAACUGUCAAUAAUGAUGGCGCUCAUCUAGAUGUCAGUAGGAGGGAGAGCUCCCUAACUAUGAAAACGUUGAACAUAUCUAUGCGGACCCAGAUGAGUUUGAUGACACAUACACAGCUCUUCGGCGGGAGCAUUGGCACUCCGUGUAUGACAUCAUCCAGAGGAGGGAGUCACCACAGAACCUGGACUAAAGGCUGUCUGUGAGGAGAGCACUGACAGAAUUAAAAAGCAAUUUUGGACUGACCAAUGUAGACAUUUUCAAAUAAAUGCAACUUAAAUGUUUGAUAUCAAGACAUUUCGAAAGAUUUUGGACAUCACAGCAAUGUUGAGGGAAUUCUAUUUGAGUCAGAAAAAGAUAAUGUACAUAAUUUAUCAUACGAGAGACAAGAUUCAUAAAUUCUACAGGACAACAGCAGAGUCAUGUCUUAAGUGUAAAACUAGCAAUGACUCACUAGUUAAUGCCUUCUGGGAGUGCUAUGAAGUCCAAACGUUAUGGGCAGAAUUAGAAAGCUGUCUGUCAAAAGUUUUCCAAUGUAAGUUUACUUUUAAUCAAUCUAUCUGCAUAUUUGAAGACAUGGUGAAUAUUUCAAGACUUAGUAAGAUACCCAAUGGACUGGGCAAUAUUAUUUUCUUCACUUACAUUAGAGAAACUAUUACUUAAAUACUGAAAGUCAAAUGAAACUCCAUCAUUAAGAGGAGGGAAGAAUCAAUGCCUUGUUAUUUAAAUAUAUAAAACAAUCUGUCUACAGACAGAAACAACAUAACAUAAUUUGAAGUCAUAUGGGGCAGACUCUUACAAGUAUCGGGGGUGGAUACGGGGGUAGAUAUGGUGGGAACAUGUGGGUGUGAGCAUGUGUGAUGUCAUGAAUGUUUGUGGAAAUGUAUGGAAAUGUUAAGUGUUUUAUUGUUUAUUGUAAAAAAAAAAAGAAUAAUAUAUAAAUAAAUAAAUAAAUAGAUAGUACCAGUCAAAAGUUGUUUUAUUUGACUAUUUUCUACACUAUAGAAUAAUAGUGAAGACAUCAACGCCAUGAAAUAACAAAAUAACGUGCAUAGCUGUCAUCAAGGCAAGGUGGCUACUUUGAAGAAUCUCAAAUAUAAAAUUGACUCCAUAUGUGUUAUUUCAUAGUUUUGAUGUCUUAUUAUUCUACAAUGUUGAAAAUAGUACAAAUAAAGAAAAACCCUUGAAUGAGUAGGUGUGUCCAAAUUUAUGAAUGGUACUGUAUGUAAAGAGAGAGCACUGGCACUAAAUGAAGGCCAGGACUCACAAGAUGGAUAGAUAUGCACAAGGUCAUUGGAUACAUUCUUGAGAAAGGCUGAUCUCUCUUUCCUUUUUAGGGAAACAUGCAUUGAAUGGAAAUAAUAGCUGUAAUGGCUAUUUCUAUGGUUAUUAUUACAAGCUAAUGCAUACAAGCUAGUUAGUGUGCCGUUAUCUACAGCAUGUAAGCCAUGUAUAGGCGUGUGUAGGCUACAUUAAAGAAACCAAAUA